AUGGGUCCUCUGUUUGUUCUGAUAUUCCUCAAAUUCGCCCUGUUCGCACAAGCACAGAUAUCAUCAAGCUACAGUGAAAGUACAGGUGGAUUAUACACGGGAAGCAGUGAUUACAGUACAGAACAACAAGGAUAUUACACCUACAGUAGUCAAUACUAUCACACAACAUCGAGUAGCUGUACUUAUUACACAGACCACUUUGGAUCCACUUUCUCUGGAGGAUCUUAUUCUGUAGGACCAUGUACCGAUACAACCUGGUACCCAAGCAGUUCGUAUCCUUAUACCGAUAGCAACGGGUUCACACACUGGACAACCACCAACAGCUUUUAUACAGAUACCAAUCAUUAUCCAUACACCUCAAGUAGUAGCUGUACUUAUUACACAGACCACUUUGGAUCCAGUUUCUAUGGAGGAUCUUAUUCUGUAGGACCAUGUACCGAUACAACCUGGUACCCAAGCAGUUCGUAUCCUUAUACCGAUAGCAACGGGUUCAUACACUGGACAACCACCAACAGCUUUUAUACAGAUACCAAUCAUUAUCCAUACACCUCAAGCAGUAGCUGUACGUAUUACACAGACCACUUUGGAUCCAGUUUCUCUGGAGGAUCUUAUUUUGUAGGACCAUGUACCGAUACAACCUGGUACCCAAGCAGUUCGUAUCCUUAUACCGAUAGCAACGGGUUCACACACUGGACAACCACCAACAGCUUUUAUACAGAUACCAAUCAUUAUCCAUACACCUCAAGCAGUAGCUGUACUUAUUACACAGACCACUUUGGAUCCAGUUUCUCUGGAGGAUCUUAUUCUGUAGGACCAUGUACCGAUACAACCUGGUACCCAAGCAGUUCGUAUCCUUAUACCGAUAGCAACGGGUUCACACACUGGACAACCACCAACAGCUUUUAUACAGAUACCAAUCAUUAUCCAUACACCUCAAGCAGUAGCUGUACUUAUUACACAGACCACUUUGGAUCCAGUUUCUCUGGAGGAUCUUAUUCUGUAGGACCAUGUACCGAUACAACCUGGUACCCAAGCAGUUCGUAUCCUUAUACCGAUAACAACGGGUUCACACAAUGGACAACCACCAACAGCUUUUAUACAGAUACCAAUCAUUAUCCAUACACCUCAAGCAGUAGCUGUACGUAUUACACAGACCACUUUGGAUCCAGUUUCUAUGGAGGAUCUUAUUCUGUAGGACCAUGUACCGAUACAACCUGGUACCCAAGCAGUUCGUAUCCUUAUACCGAUAGCAACGGGUUCACACACUGGACAACCACCAACAGCAUUUAUACAGAUACCAAUCAUUAUCCAUACACCUCAAGCAGUAGCUGUACUUAUUACACAGACCACUUUGGAUCCAGUUUCUAUGGAGGAUCUUAUUCUGUAGGACCAUGUACCGAUACAACCUGGUACCCAAGCAGUUCGUAUCCUUAUACCGAUAGCAACUGGUUCACACACUGGACAACCACCAACAGCUUUUAUACAGAUACCAAUCAUUAUCCAUACACCUCAAGCAGUAGCUGUACUUAUUACACAGACCACUUUGGAUCCAGUUUCUAUGGAGGAUCUUAUUCUGUAGGACCAUGUACCGAUACAACCUGGUACCCAAGCAGUUCGUAUCCUUAUACCGAUAGCAACGGGUUCACACACUGGACAACCACCAACAGCUUUUAUACAGAUACCAAUCAUUAUCCAUACACCUCAAGUAGUAGCUGUACUUAUUACACAGACCACUUUGGAUCCAGUUUCUAUGGAGGAUCUUAUUCUGUAGGACCAUGUACCGAUACAACCUGGUACCCAAGCAGUUCGUAUCCUUAUACCGAUAGCAACGGGUUCACACACUGGACAACCACCAACAGCUUUUAUACAGAUACCAAUCAUUAUCCAUACACCUCAAGUAGUAGCUGUACUUAUUACACAGACCACUUUGGAUCCAGUUUCUCUGGAGGAUCUUAUUCUGUAGGACCAUGUACCGAUACAACCUGGUACCCAAGCAGUUCGUAUCCUUAUACCGAUAGCAACGGGUUCACACACUGGACAACCACCAACAGCUUUUAUACAGAUACCAAUCAUUAUCCAUACACCUCAAGCAGUAGCUGUACGUAUUACACAGACCACUUUGGAUCCAGUUUCUCUGGAGGAUCUUAUUUUGUAGGACCAUGUACCGAUACAACCUGGUACCCAAGCAGUUCGUAUCCUUAUACCGAUAGCAACGGGUUCACACACUGGACAACCACCAACAGCUUUUAUACAGAUACCAAUCAUUAUCCAUACACCUCAAGCAGUAGCUGUACUUAUUACACAGACCACUUUGGAUCCAGUUUCUAUGGAGGAUCUUAUUCUGUAGGACUAUGUACCGAUACAACCUGGUACCCAAGCAGUUCGUAUCCUUAUACCGAUAGCAACGGGUUCACACACUGGACAACCACCAACAGCUUUUAUACAGAUACCAAUCAUUAUCCAUACACCUCAAGCAGUAGCUGUACUUAUUACACAGACCACUUUGGAUCCAGUUUCUCUGGAGGAUCUUAUUCUGUAGGACCAUGUACCGAUACAACCUGGUACCCAAGCAGUUCGUAUCCUUAUACCGAUAACAACGGGUUCACACAAUGGACAACCACCAACAGCUUUUAUACAGAUACCAAUCAUUAUCCAUACACCUCAAGCAGUAGCUGUACGUAUUACACAGACCACUUUGGAUCCAGUUUCUAUGGAGGAUCUUAUUCUGUAGGACCAUGUACCGAUACAACCUGGUACCCAAGCAGUUCGUAUCCUUAUACCGAUAGCAACGGGUUCACACACUGGACAACCACCAACAGCAUUUAUACAGAUACCAAUCAUUAUCCAUACACCUCAAGCAGUAGCUGUACGUAUUACACAGACCACUUUGGAUCCAGUUUCUAUGGAGGAUCUUAUUCUGUAGGACCAUGUACCGAUACAACCUGGUACCCAAGCAGUUCGUAUCCUUAUACCGAUAGCAACGGGUUCACACACUGGACAACCACCAACAGCAUUUAUACAGAUACCAAUCAUUAUCCAUACACCUCAAGCAGUAGCUGUACUUAUUACACAGACCACUUUGGAUCCAGUUUCUAUGGAGGAUCUUAUUCUGUAGGACCAUGUAUCGAUACAACCUGGUACCCAAGCAGUUCGUAUCCUUAUACCGAUAGCAACGGGUUCACACACUGGACAACCACCAACAGCUUUUAUACAGAUACCAAUCAUUAUCCAUACACCUCAAGCAGUAGCUGUACUUAUUACACAGACCACUUUGGAUCCAGUUUCUAUGGAGGAUCUUAUUCUGUAGGACCAUGUACCGAUACAACCUGGUACCCAAGCAGUUCGUAUCCUUAUACCGAUAGCAACGGGUUCACACACUGGACAACCACCAACAGCUUUUAUACAGAUACCAAUCAUUAUCCAUACACCUCAAGUAGUAGCUGUACUUAUUACACAGACCACUUUGGAUCCAGUUUCUAUGGAGGAUCUUAUUCUGUAGGACCAUGUACCGAUACAACCUGGUACCCAAGCAGUUCGUAUCCUUAUACCGAUAGCAACGGGUUCACACACUGGACAACCACCAACAGCUUUUAUACAGAUACCAAUCAUUAUCCAUACACCUCAAGUAGUAGCUGUACUUAUUACACAGACCACUUUGGAUCCAGUUUCUCUGGAGGAUCUUAUUCUGUAGGACCAUGUACCGAUACAACCUGGUACCCAAGCAGUUCGUAUCCUUAUACCGAUAGCAACGGGUUCACACACUGGACAACCACCAACAGCUUUUAUACAGAUACCAAUCAUUAUCCAUACACCUCAAGCAGUAGUUGUACGUAUUACACAGACCACUUUGGAUCCAGUUUCUCUGGAGGAUCUUAUUCUGUAGGACCAUGUACCGAUACAACCUGGUACCCAAGCAGUUCGUAUCCUUAUACCGAUAGCAACGGGUUCACACACUGGACAACCACCAACAGCUUUUAUACAGAUACCAAUCAUUAUCCAUACACCUCAAGCAGUAGCUGUACGUAUUACACAGACCACUUUGGAUCCAGUUUCUAUGGAGGAUCUUAUUCUGUAGGACCAUGUACCGAUACAACCUGGUACCCAAGCAGUUCGUAUCCUUAUACCGAUAGCAACGGGUUCACACACUGGACAACCACCAACAGCUUUUAUACAGAUACCAAUCAUUAUCCAUACACCUCAAGCAGUAGCUGUACGUAUUACACAGACCACUUUGGAUCCAGUUUCUCUGGAGGAUCUUAUUCUGUAGGACCAUGUACCGAUACAACCUGGUACCCAAGCAGUUCGUAUCCUUAUACCGAUAGCAACGGGUUCACACACUGGACAACCACCAACAGCUUUUAUACAGAUACCAAUCAUUAUCCAUACACCUCAAGCAGUAGCUGUACUUAUUACACAGACCACUUUGGAUCCAGUUUCUGGAGGAUCUUAUUCUGUAGGACCAUGUACCGAUACAACCUGGUACCCAAGCAUUUCUAUGGAGGAUCUUAUUCUGUAGGACCAUGUACCGAUACAACCUGGUACCCAAGCAGUUCGUAUCCUUAUACCGAUAGCAACGGGUUCACACACUGGACAACCACCAACAGCUUUUAUACAGAUACCAAUCAUUAUCCAUACACCUCAAGUAGUAGCUGUACUUAUUACACAGACCACUUUGGAUCCAGUUUCUAUGGAGGAUCUUAUUCUGUAGGACCAUGUACCGAUACAACCUGGUACCCAAGCAGUUCGUAUCCUUAUACCGAUAGCAACGGGUUCACACAAUGGACAACCACCAACAGCUUUUAUACAGAUACCAAUCAUUAUCCAUACACCUCAAGCAGUAGCUGUACGUAUUACACAGACCACUUUGGAUCCAGUUUCUCUGGAGGAUCUUAUUCUGUAGGACCAUGUACCGAUACAACCUGGUACCCAAGCAGUUCGUAUCCUUAUACCGAUAGCAACGGGUUCACACACUGGACAACCACCAACAGCUUUUAUACAGAUACCAAUCAUUAUCCAUACACCUCAAGCAGUAGCUGUACUUAUUACACAGACCACUUUGGAUCCAGUUUCUCUGGAGGAUCUUAUUCUACCACUUUGGAUCCAGUUUCUAUGGAGGAUCUUAUUCUGUAG